AUGCCGAUGGACGGACAGACGGUGGCAGUGCAUUACUACGCGCGGCUGGGGGCGAAGCAGGGCUGGCGGUUCGACAACACGUUCGAGCACCGCGACGCGAGUGGCGAGGCGAUUCCGUAUGAGUUUAUCGUCGGGGAUCCCAAGGUCAUCCAAGGGCUGAGCAUUGCCGUGCGGGGCAUGAGGGUGGGUGGUGUGCGCAGAGCCAUAAUCCCCCCCAACGUGUCAUAUCAAACCAGAGAGAAUCUGCCGCUUCCCCCCAGAUAUUCUGACAGACAGCGUCUCUUCACAACGGUUUUCAACCCAACACGCUUGGCAAAUGGGGAAGGUUCUUCACUUGGCACAGUCAUAUUCGAUAUCCAGUUGUUGGGGAUCCGAAGCCCAGUGUAA